AAAAAAACAUGAAUCAUUUGUUAAAGAAGUAGUGACGUUUCAACAUAAAUGAAAUUUAAAAAUGUCAACUAUUUUAAAGUUUCAAAAAUUAUUUAAGCAGAAAAAUUAAAUUAGUAUUAAAAAAAUUCGAAAAAUGUUAAACGUUUCGCCAAAAUUACGACGUCUUGAAUUUAAGACGAAAAAUGAAAUUCCAAAACAAAGUGAAAUUAUAAAUUCGAUUGGUCCUUCACUGACAUCGAUUUUGUGUAAUUUUAGUCCACCGGAUGUAAAAAAAUUAUUGGGAGUCAUACCUCAACUUGACGGCCCGUCAACAGAUUUAUGGAUACCCCCGAGUGAUACAAAAGACGGGAAUAAAAUAAUUUUAAAACCCAUCGUACAUCACGAUCUUGUCAAAGCUCUCACUCAUGAUGGGAUACUAAAAUUAGGAGAACGAGCCAAGAGAAAUUACGAAGCAAAUGUAAAUAAAAAAAUUAAUGACAAUUUAAAGCGAGAAAUAAAUGAAAUCCGUUCAAUGUUUGAAGCAGAAAAACGUCACGCUAUUAAUCUUCGUAUUAAUGAUACUAUAAAUUUAUAUGAAAGUAAGAUUGAUUUAUUAACUAAAGAGUAUGAAAGUAAAUUGCAGAACGAAAUCGGCAAAGUUGUAGAAAAUUUAAAUGAACGAGUGCAAGAAGCUGUUGCGGCUGAACGUAUGAGAGUGACACAUCAGAUGCUAAAGAAAUUAAGAGAUGAAAUUGGUCACAUGGUCAUUAAACUGCAUGAUGAGUUUGAGAAAAAAUCUCAAGCUGACCGAGAAAAUAUCAUCGCUGAUUUUAAUAAAAAAUUUAGAAAUGAACGUAAAGAAAAUGAUGAUCGUUUAAAUUAUUUCAAACGGCAGAGCGAACUUGAAACGAAUUUAAAAAAAAUAGAAUUAGAAAAUAAAUAUUUUAAUAGACUUAUUAAUUCAAUUAGUAGAGAAAGAUCUCAAAGUGAAACUCGAAUGAGUUUCCAGCAGAAAAAUUUCCAAGAAAAAAUUACAGCGCUUUAUAAACUUUUACUGCAGACAUUAUAUAUAAUUAAAUUUUUACAUAAAAAAUUGUCGCAACCGGCGGUAACUCAAAAUUGUGAAACAACUUGGAGAUAUAAAUUGCGGGAAAUAAUAAAUAAGUUUAAAAAGAUUAUAAAUUUUGUAUUUAAUGCAAUUCCAGGACAUGCUGAAUUUCUCCUUUCUCUAGAGUCACUUUUGUCUUCGGAACAUGACGAGGAUAAAAGUGCUUGUGAAAAUGAGGAUAGUAGUCAUAGUGUUUUAAGAAUAAUAAAAAAUUUCUCUGAAUCAUUAAAAAAUGAUGUUUUUCAUGUAGUAGAAAUAAUUGAUAAAAGUGGAAAAAAAUGGAGGCCUAUUAAAAUAAUGCAGACAUCUCAAGACGAUGAAGACAAACAACUUCUUCUACCAGAAAUAACUUUAUAUUGCGAUGUUACUGAUGACGAUUGUUUUGAUAAUAAUUCCGUGAAAGCAGACAAUGUAAUGAAUAAUAACGAAGUGACUAAAGAUGUAAAAACUUUUGAAGAAUUAAUCGGAGAAAAUAGUUUCAUUAUAAAAUUAAUUGACUCUGAUAUGAAUUUGGAAAAUUCCAACGAAUCAACUGCACCAGAUAAAGGAAAUUCCUUGGACACAACUGAGGAACUAUUACAAAAUAAAAUAAAAAAUUCGGUGAGAAAAUCGAUCGAAAUAAUAACGAAAUUGAGAGGAAUUCCACGUGAAGAAAAUUCAUCAAAUUUUGACAAUGAAACUGAUGAAAUUUUUCAAGAAUUGAUGAAAUAUUCGCAAGAUUUGUAAAACUUUGAAAGCUCAAAUUAAAAUUUAUAAAAAAAAUAAUGAAUCCACAGAAAUUCAAUCGGAAGUUCGUAUUUUAUUUGUGUCAAUUGAUUUUAGUCAAUCGAUCAAUUAAUUUUUCGGGAAUCCCGCGUUUUUUCGUAUUUCUCUUGCACUGUAGCAGCGACUUCCUAUAAUUUGAGUCUUGUCGCCUAGGCAAAAUGCUUAUAACGGAUGUUCCUGAACAUCGUAACGUUUUUCGCCCUACGAAAAAAAAAUUGGAAAAUAAAAAAUCUACUGGAUGACUAGAUUUCCAAAAUAUUUCGUACGUAGAUACUAAUAUGUCAGCCAAAAAUCUUAAGCCCUUAACUCCGAAACUACCCCGUAAGCAGUCAAAUUUCAUCAAUUUUUUUCAUUUUCGUUGCUCAAAAAACGUUCCGAUCUUCAGGUACAUUAUAACGGGACCUCUGACGGGUUAAUAAAAAAAAAAACAUGUUCUAAUAUCAUAAAAUUUUAUUAAUUAAAAAAAACAUUUAUAAAGACAUUGACAAUAAAUAAAUCAUUUAACGUGAAUUGUUAAUGAAUAAAAUAUGAAGUAGAUACGAUAAUUAUUAAGACAAAAAUUAAUUAAUUAUUUAAUUAAUAACUACAUUGAAAAAAAAUUUAGAAAAAAUGAAAAAUCCGGAAAAAAUUUUUUUUUAAUAACAAAUUGAAUUUUUAAUUAUUGACUUAAAAACAUUACAUAUCAAUUCUUAUUGAUAAUUAUUUACAAUUCAUCAAGAAUAACUCCUAUUUAUAUCAAUUACAUUAAUAAUAAUAAUUACAAUAAUAAUAAUAAUAUUAAUAAUAAUAAUAAUAAAAUUAAUAAAAUAAACUUCCUAUUAACUGUCGUCAUCAAAAUACCAUGGCGGUAAAAAAAAAGUAUAUCUCUAUUUCUUAAUCGUCAGAGUUAUAAAAAUAUUAAAAUCAUUUUUCGUGUAUCAAUAAUCCAUUAACAAUAAAAAAUUUUAUUUUUCAUAGUCUUCUUCAUCAGGUCGCACUUGAGGAAACCUUCUGAGUAUUUGUUGUUGCUGUUGUUGCUGUUGAGGUCGUCGUUGUUGUAAAGGAAUAUUUACUUCUUCGGGACUACGGAAGACUUGAUUGACUGGUAAACGGUACUGCGGAAUACCUUGUGGUGACGGUGAUGGACGAGCUGUUGCGGGAAUGCUAUUCAAUGAUAACUGUGAUGGUUGAUUCAAAUAUAACUGGGAGUUGUGAAGUGUCCGUCUUGGACUGGGUGUCUGUUGGUACUCUUCGCCUUCACGUUCAUCUGUGAAAAUAUCACCUGGGAAAUAACGUUCGCUGUAUCGCAGUGUUACAUUUGGCUUUGAUUCGGCUUCUUGUAAAUUCAAUGGUUUGUAAAGAUAUUCAUUGACAAAAUGAUACUGAGAACUCU